AUGAAGAUACUGACCAAAUUCUUCCUUUUGCUGGUGGUUACCACUUGUUCACUUCACUACUACUGUCAGAUAGGACAAUGUUCCACACAAUUACAAAGGGUUUGUCACUAUACUACACCAUCCGUUUGGGACGAACUACUAGUGGAAAAAAAUGAAUUCUACAGAGAACAACUGAAUCCUAAGGUUAAAGUUUUGAAAUCUCACAUUUCUCAAAUCAACUCACAUUACCAGGACAAAGUACUCCCAAAAUUGGUGGAUUUGGGUAAUCGUUUCUAUUUUGACAUUGUUUCCCCUAGAAUUGAUAAUGUUUGUGAGUUUUGGGAGGAAUUUGAACUCAAACCAUAUCGUGAAAGGAGUUUGAAUCAAAUACGUAAGGUUCGUCAAAGGAUUUGGUUUUAUUAUAGCGUUUAUUUGAAGCCAAAUUUAACCAAAUUAGAUAAUCAAUACGCAUUGUCUGACAAAUAUGGGAAGGUUCACAACAAAAUAGCGCCAUUCGUAGCGGAAAUUGCUCAAAAUUUCCAAAAUGUGUACCAUCAAGCAGCCGCCAAGGUUCACCCCCACUGGGAAAAUCUGAGAAGAACUGUUAAUGCGAAGUGGGAACCAAUUUCAUCGAGUCUGUGGCAACGUUGCAGAACUAAUGAAAUCUGUUUCAAGACCAAUGCUCAAUUGAAAAACAUAUGGAAGAAUUUGAAACUUGGUUGCGAUUAUCUAAGCAUUUACGUUCACGAUGCAUUGUCUCCCUAUUCCGAUGGUCUGGAAUCAAACGUCCGUGCUACGAAGGCAAAGUCCAAAUCUAAACCUAGGGUGAACGCAAGUGCUAGUGCUAGAGGUAAUGCAAGAGCUGGCGCUAAAGCCGGUGCUAAAGCCGGUACUAGCGAAAUUAGUGCAAGUGCUACUGCAGAUCCUACUACUUCUGCCUCUGCCACAGUAACAGCUGGUUUCGAAGAUGAUUAUGAUGAUGAGGAACCACUUUACACCAGUACCUCCACCAUUAUGUUAACUGUUACCAUGAGUACAGAUCAGAACGAAUUGUCGCCAUCUCAGAAUACCGCCAAUGCAGAAUUAGGAAUUUCCGAACAGGAUGCGAUAAAAGAUGAGUUCGAAGCUUGGUUUAAGGUGGUUGAUCAAAAAUCUUCUGGUGUGGUGAAAACUUUCAACAAGGAAGUGAACAAAUACUUGCACCAUCGCGUUCAACAAUUGGAUUCCAUCUUCCAAAAUAAAACCAAAACCGUUUCCGAGGUUUUGCAAAAUCGCUACAAGAACUUGAACCGUGCUAUACAAGACAUAAAUUGUACUUGUGAAACUGAUACAGGUGCAGGUAACCAAACUUGCUUCGAUAGUACUGGUACUACACAGCUGUCAGAGUAUAUCACUCGUUCAAAGAUGCGUGAAUUGUUCGCAGAAGCUCACAGUACGCUAGAUCAAUCUAUGUUACAGUUAAAGCAAGAUUUGGAGCCCAUCGCUCAAGAAGUCGAGAGUAGGGUCAGUUUAAUUCGCGAAGAAAUGGUCGAAGUUUAUGAAGAGUGGGGGGAUGCUAUGGUCAGCGAAUGGUCUAAAAGAUUGGCAUAUAUCGAUGUUGUUGCUGGUCAUUUGGAUGACAACGGUGCUAGUACCGAUGAAGAAUCAUCAGAAAAUUGGAGGAAGUUUUUGAAUUUGAAGAAACAAGUCAUAAAGGCAAGAGAUGAAUUAGCAGAACAUCCUGCUGAUUUACAUGAGAUUAAACAAUUUGUUAAGAAAGUACAUUACUUGAUCGAAGUGUUGGCUAAGGAGGCUGGUGAAUACCUGUAUAUAUUGAGAGCAAGAGCUAAUUUAGCAUUCCAAGCUCGUGAACAGGAGUCUAAGCAGAGGGAAGAUUCCCCAAGAAUGGACCGGGAUUCCACCCAAAAUGUCGAGAACAGCAACACAACUACUGCAUCAGCAGAAAAAUCAGGUAAAAAGGCUAAGAAGGUAAAGAGAGUGGCCCAGAAUGGCACAAAUUCCACUGAGAAAUUUUCCGCUGGCCCUGAUUCUUCAAGUAAGGAACCAUCAAUGGAAACUACUGUUCAAAAUAACGUGACUUUGCAAAUUUGA